AUGGGUGCAAUAGAUAACCCUAAGGCCCUCCGGGUAUCACUCACGAAAAAGAAGUUAUCGGAACUAAGUGUGGCCAAGAGCCAUUCGCUCUAUGAGCUACCAACGGACGACAAUGCCCUUGAUACGCGGCCAUGGCGCAACCUGCCCAAGUAUUUCACGCAGGUGCUCAUAUCAACAGUUGCGUUGGUAAAAAUGUGUGCUCAUGCCAAACUAGGCGGGUCAAUUGAGAUCAUGGGUAUGCUUACGGGGAAAAUCGUUGGCGAUCUGUUCAUUGUCAUGGACGUGUAUUCACUCCCCGUCGAAGGAACGGAAACACGAGUGAAUGCUCAAAGUGAAGCCUACGAGUUUAUGGUGCAGUAUCUUGACAAUCUCAAAGAAGUGAAACCAAAAGACAGCAUAGUGGGCUGGUACCACUCACAUCCUGGAUACGGGUGUUGGCUAAGUGGUAUCGAUGUGGCAACGCAAAGUCUCAACCAAAACUUUCAAGACCCAUAUCUAGCCAUAGUCGUGGAUCCGUCUCGCACACUGAAUCAAGGGAAAGUUGAGAUUGGGGCAUUUCGGACUUUCCCGGUAGGAUACACCGACGGUAAGAGCUCACAAGGACAUGAAGCGACAUCACGGAGGCCGGCUGGCGCCAAGAAAAGCCCAGAAAACAUGGGAGCUCAUUCAGACCAGUAUUAUUCGUUGGACAUCAAGCUUUUUAAAGGCCCGCAUGACGAUGAGAUCGUCAAUUCGAUCUUGGACAAAUCUUGGAUUUCAGGAAUCGUCCAGACAAAGGCC